AUGGUGGAUGAGCUCACGACGGAGGAAGGCGGUGGAUUCCGGAUUGAGGUCGGAUCUAUGGGAUACUACAGGCAUGGAUGUAAUUUACCGGUGUUCUACCCUCAAUCUCUGCUCUUAACACAACGCUUGUUGUUUGAUCUCGAUCUGUUUCAACGCGCUUCAGCCGCAAGCGAGUUUAGUAUUUGGUCGAAGAAAGCAAAGUAG